CAUGCGCAAUGCGGCGUAAGGAGGACGUGCCGUCGAGUGUUUACGCGCGUAAUGGCGGCGGACAGGCUGUGAUGAGCCACGGCGAAAAAACACAGCCAGCGAUCCAGCCUCGGUCAGUUUCCACAGCGGCGACACGGAAGAACGCGAACAUGCAGAUCACGCUGAAAACCCUCCAGCAGCAGACGUUUAAAAUCGACAUCGACGCGGAGGAGACGGUAAAGGCCUUAAAGGAAAAAAUAGAGAAUGAAAAGGGAAAAGACAGCUUCCCGGUGGCGGGGCAGAAGCUGAUAUAUGCAGGAAAAAUCCUGAGCGAUGACACGGCUCUCAAGGAGUACAAGAUAGACGAGAAGAACUUCGUGGUGGUUAUGGUAGCAAAGCCUAAAGCGUCUCCUGCAUCGGUCCCUUCAUCUGCUGCCCCAGCGGCCAGCGCAGCGUCCUCCAGCACUACAACAGCCCCGACCCCUUCCUCAGAACCCCCGUCUGAAGAGGAGACGCCCCCCAGCAGUGCUGAGCCCUCCUCUGCUCCCAGCAGUUCUUUGCCAAAUGCAAACAUAUUUGAAGAGGCGACGUCUGCGCUGGUGACGGGUCAGUCCUACGAGAACAUGGUGACGGAGAUCAUGCUGAUGGGAUACGAGAGAGACCGAGUGGUGGCGGCGCUGAGAGCCAGUUUCAACAAUCCUGACCGCGCCGUCGAGUACCUGCUCACGGGUAUUCCUGCGGAGAGCGAGGGCAGUGUGGGAGGUGCUGACCCCGUGGCUCCUGCGGGAGGCGCUCCUGCUCCUGUUGUGUCCACAGGCCUCUCUUCACCGUCCAGCACCGCCCCGUCACAGACCAGCACGGGAUCCGGAGCCAAUCCUCUGGAGUUCCUGAGGAACCAGCCGCAGUUCCUGCAGAUGAGACAGAUCAUCCAGCAGAACCCGUCUCUCCUACCGGCUCUACUACAGCAGAUCGGCAGAGAGAACCCGCAGCUCCUGCAGCAAAUCAGCAGCCAUCAGGAGCAGUUCAUCCAGAUGCUCAAUGAGCCGGUGCAGGAGGCGGGGCAAGGAGGCGGUGGGGGCGUGGCCGAGGCCGGAGGCGGGCACAUGAACUACAUCCAGGUCACACCUCAGGAGAAAGAAGCUAUUGAGAGGCUAAAAGCCCUCGGGUUCCCAGAAGGACUCGUUAUACAGGCCUACUUUGCUUGUGAGAAGAAUGAAAAUUUGGCUGCAAACUUCCUUUUACAACAGAACUUUGAUGAUGAUUAGAGGAGGAGUGGCACCCCGAUCAGUUCCCGCUCUUGUGUUUGUUUUUUUGAACGAUCAUUUUUGAGAAGAAAAUCUAUACACACACACACACACACACACACACACAGGCUGUCAUGUUCUGUCAUGAUUCUACACACUGGAUGACAUGAGCACGUCCGUCUGGAGAUGAGCACGUCAUUGGUUCGUCUCCGGGGCAGAAAUCAGUAAACGCCUCUUUGCUUCAUCUAACACUUGCCUGUGUGAGACCUGUUUGUUUUUCAUUGGUUCUUCUUUAUGACCAAUAAAAGAGCAUUGUUUUCUCCAUCGUUA